AUGGUCGGGAAUCCCGCAUCCGAAAAGACGUACUGGCCGGCGAAGAUACGAUGGCUCAAAUCCGCCAAAGAGCUCGUCUAUGGUACCCUAGCCAAGACCAAAACUCCUUUCCAAGUUGUGGCCGCCUCAGGGCCUCUUAUCAUCCUCCCACCACACUUCGUUGAAGAGAUCAAAAAUGACGACCGCAUGACAUUCAAGUCAUGGCUUCAGAAGGUGAACGUUGUUGUGGACUUCUUCACCAAAUACCCGGGCUUUGAAGGGUUUAUCCCCGCAGUGGACAACGACGUAUUUGUCAGCUCUGUCAGAAUUGGCCUCACCCAGUCUCUGGCCCAUUUCGUGAAGAUCCUUGCAGAUGAGACCAAGCUGAGCCUCAACGAGUCCCUUCCUCCAAGCAAUGAAUGGAAAGAAGUCCAUUUCGAUACCGCAGCGUUGCGAAUCAUUGCGCGCCUAUCUUCUCGCUCAUUUCUGCCGGAGCCACUCUGCCACGACGAGGAAUGGCUCAAGCUCGCCGUUGACUAUACCAUAGAUUUCUUUACUGCGGCAUACAUCCUCCGGCUUUUUCCGCCAAUAUUGCGUCCGCUUCUUCACUGGUUCCUCCCUUGGACUAGAACGCUUCGCAAAGACGUCCGGAAAGCUCGUCGUCUCAUCGGACCCGAAAUAGAACGCCGGAAGAAGGAGGAAGAACAGGACCUGAAGGCAGGAAGAAAGCCCAAGCAAUACAGCGAUGCCAUCGCAUGGGUGCAACAAGCGUCGUCGAAAUCUGGAGAUUACUGCGAUCCAAUUUACGGCCAGCUGAACUACUCGCUUGGAGCGGUUCAUACGACCACUGUCACAUUCAACAAUACACUCUAUAAUUUGAUCGCGAAUCCAGAGUAUAUUGAUGAAUUACGGGCAGAACUUGUUACUGUUUUCAAAGACGCAAAAGGAUGGGAUAAGACUACGCUGAAUAAGUUGAGGUUGAUGGACAGCUGUAUGAAAGAGAGCAACCGGAUGGACCCUGCCACACUAAUGAGUAUCAGCCGAGUCGCCAACGAAGACAUCACCCUGUCUGAUGGUACCAAAGUCCCCAAGGGCGCCUCCAUCGGUCUUAUCAAUGCCGCCUCAAGGGAUCCAACCAUCUACGAGGAUCCAGAUAAGUUCAACGGUCACCGUUUCUACGAUAUGCGUCAAAUUCCAGGCAACGAGAGCAAACAUCAGUUUGUCACGACGACCGGCGAUUACCUUCCGUUCGGGCACGGCAAGCAUGCCUGCCCUGGACGAUUCUUUGCCUCCAACGAGAUCAAGAUUCUUCUCACUCAUUUAUUGUUACAGUAUGACUUCAAAUUCCCGGAUGAUCAGGGUAAGCCGGAGAUUCUCGCUCAUGGAUUGGAUUUCGGGACCAACCCGAACGCCAGACUCUUGUAUAAGUCUAGGACUCCGGAAGUGUCGCUCGACUUUUGA